AUGGAGAGGAUCACUGCAAAGAUCAAAGCUACAGGUUUUGCUACAGGAGGCAGAGAGAGCUGUCAAGCCAAAAAGAGGGUUAAGUCAGAGGUCCCCGGUGGCGGGCAGAUCCCACCAUCCCAGCCCCAGCACAGCGGGGAGUAUGGGUGGCACCACCAGCUCAGGGUGCAGCAGGCCAGGCCCGUGCUCAGCCCUUGUAGGUCAGGUCCCCUCUGUGGUGCCCCAACGGCAGAACGUCCCUUUUCUGUCCCAGGAGACCCCAAGGUGCCGGUGCUGUAUGAGGUGGAGCGCACCCGCACAGGGAAGAGCUUCUCUGUUCGUUCCGUAAAGGCCAUCCAGCAUGGAAAGCCGAUCUUCACCUGCCAGGCUUCCUUCCAGCUCUCCCAGGAGAGCCCAGUGCAGCACCAGUUCACCAUGCCGGCUGUGCCACCCCCCGAGGAGCUGCUGACGCACGAGGAGCUCAUCCAGAAGUUCCUGCAGAACCCCAACUUGGCGGAGAGGUACAGAAAGCAUCUCAACAAGAUUCAGGCUGAAAACGUGCCGAUCGAUAUCAAACCCGUGAACCCACCAAAUAUGUUCUGCUCGGAGGCACAGGAGCCGAAGCAGCUCCUCUGGGUGCGAGCACGAGGCUACAUAGGAGAGACGGACAUGAAGCUGCACUGCUGCGUGGCCGCCUACAUCUCAGACUACGCCUUCCUGGGCACGGCCCUGCUCCCGCACCGCCACCACCGCGUCAAGUUCAUGGUGUCCCUCGACCAUUCCAUGUGGUUCCACGCGCCCUUCCGGGCGGACCACUGGAUGCUGUACGAGUGCGAGAGCCCCUGGGCUGGCGGGUGCCGGGGCCUGGUGCAGGGACGGCUGUGGCGCAGGGACGGGGUCCUGGCUGUCACCUGUGUGCAGGAGGGAGUCAUCCGGGUGGAGCAAACGCCAAACCCAAGCAAACUCUAGCUGAGGAACCCCGGUGGGCUGAGGCUCAGGCACCCCGAGGGACCAAAACUGAUGCAGGCGAGGUGGGACCUGAGCGGCAGUGGGACAGAGCCCCGAAGGAGACCGGGUGGGAUCCAGCGCUGCGGGGAGCGGCAGUGCUGGAGAGUGGACGCCCGCAGAGGCACCUGCUGUGACCUCACACUGCCAUCGGCUGCCCUUCACCCGCCGUAAAUAAAUCCACCUGGUGAACAGCUUCGCUCUGGCCCCUGGAGUCUGGCUCCUGGGACGCUCCACGCCCAGGGGGGCACUGGGGGCCGGCUCUGUCCCCGCAGCGGCUGGGGCGCAGGAGGGGAAAGCGCUGCCACGGCACACGUGGCUUCCCCUUCUCACUUCUGCUGCCCUCCCGGUGCCCCGACACGUCAGUUGCCGCUUCUGCUGGCCCCUGGGCUCCUCCCCGGCGCCAGGCGCGGGCCCAGCCGCUGGGAGGGGGGACGGGCAGCGCCCAGCUCAGCGUGGGGGGCUGCAGGCUGCCGGGGCGCAGGGCAGCCAAGCUGAAGAGAUGCAGCAGGCGCCUCGCUCUGCUUCCUACCGAGACUUUAUUAAAUAAAGUCCUUGUUAUUGUAUCAGUUCUAUGGGAAGUUCCUGGCAAGAGCCCCGGACGCUGCCGGGAGCCUUCCUGCUCCCUUACGUGGUGCCAGGACGUCCUGGCUGAGCUCCUACCCGCUCCGGGAGC